UUUUUUUUAGUUUUGUUAUGUAUUGGAAAGGAGUUUUUAAAUCCUUUGCUAAAGAAACAUUUCAAAUUAACUGUACCCAUCCCCUUUGAAUUAUUUUUAAUGGUUCUCGGCACUUUUUUGUCAUUUUUAUUUCACGGACAUUCCAAAUUUGGACUGGAAAUUGUUGAUCAUAUCCCUGCAGGAAUUCCAACACCGAUAAUGCCUGAUUUAACGUUGUUGCCUGAAUUGCUUCCGGAUGCGAUUGCUAUUGCUGCUGUGGUUAUGGCUGUUCAUAUUUCCUUGGCAAAAAUCAUUGCAAAAAAGAAGUGUUAUCGUGUUGAUCCAGGACAAGAGCUUUUCGCCCUCGGAUUUUCCUCAACCCUUUCUUCCUUCUUCCCAGUCUAUCCCGUCUCUUGUUCACUCGGUAGAACUUUGGUUAAUGUCGAAGCUAACACAAAAACUCAGCUUUCCACGAUUUUUUCUUGUACUUUUUUGGCUGCCUGUAUUCUUUCUUCAAUUAUUAUCGUUGCACUUAAAGGCAUUUUUCGCAAGAUUGCCGACUUGCGAAGACUUUGGCCUCUUUCACGGAUUGACUUUUCAAUUUGGCUAGUUAGUUUUGUUUCGACUGUUUGUUGGGAUGUUAGUCAAGGAUUGGUUAUUUCUAUUGGGUUUGCUUUACUCACUACAGUUUUCCGUACCCAAUGGCCUCGUUGGCAUUUUUUGGCAAAUCUGUCCGGUACAAACGAUUUUCGAGAUGCAGAACGUUACGAGCUUAUUCACACUUUUCCUGGAAUUUGUAUUUUUCGAUUUGAUUCGCCUCUACUUUUUACAAAUGUUGACAAUUUUAAAGAAACAAUUCACAAAGCUUUUCAACGUUGGAAACGUUAUCAAGGAGCUCAACUUGGAUUGCAUGUUGUGGGGAGUACUUUAAGGGUUCAAAUGGAAUUGUUGUUCCAGCUAAUUUGUCACCCCAAUCAAACUUGCAGCGGAAACGGGAGGACGAUGAUGAAAAUAACCAAUGAACGUCAACCGGAAGAUGAAAAUAUUGAAGCAAAAACAGAAGCAUAUUCUCAAAGUUUUGAAAAUCAAAAAACUUUGGAAAAAAUUGGUUCCUUUGACAGUCCCCAACAUUUACAUUUUAUUGUAGAUUGUUCUGGUUUUACAUUUGUUGAUUGUAUGGGGGUUAAUGCUUUGAAGGAGAUUUUUACUGAAAUGCGUCAACAACGUGUUAGAGUAUAUUUUGCAGCAGCUAAAGCCCCAGUGCGCGAUUUAUUCGAAAAAUGUGGAUUUUAUGAAUAUGUCCCAAAACGCAAUUUUUACCCAACAAUAAGGGAUGCUGUUGCUAUUGCAAGAAUGAGAAGGAACGCUUCUUCACAAAAUUUAUUAGAGGAAUCUAUUAUUCAUCGAGUAUAUGAUGAAAUUGAAACAAUGCAGAUAACACAACCAGAACAAUAA